CCUGAGCUUGUGGUGUAAUAUUUCAUAUCGGGUGUAGUCGACUACAUUGAGGUUUGUGGGGUGUUUGAAGGAGUUGUUUGCAGGAGCUGUUUGCGUGAUUGGAGUUAGUGCGUGUGGGUGUGUGUGUGUGGAUGGCGGACUACAGGGGAGCUGCGAGUGAGGCGAAGAGGGCCAUGGUGUUGAUGAGGAAGCGGGAGAAGGAGAAGGAGGAGAUGGAGAUGAAGAGGCAGAAAAUCACUGAUGAAGCAACUGCUGCUGCGGACAUCAAGAAUAAGUUUGCCUCUUACUAUGAUGUAUUCGAGGAACAACUGAAAGACAGCACUGUUGGUCUCAUUUCUCUGGACGAGAUGAAGGCGAAGCAGACUCAGAUUGUGAAGGAGAAAGAGACUGAAAUGAUAUCGAGAGUGACAGCUGACACUAGUACUUUCAAGAGCGAAGAACCUGGCAUGUAUGUAGCUCCUCCCACCGGAUCUCUCUCGUUCAAUUUCGAUGAAGAUGAAGAGGAGGAAGACUCUUCAGAAGAUGAGGGCGAAAAGGAAAAGAAGAAAAGCAAACAUGAGGAUAUCAGUGUGUUUAAGAGGUUCAAGAAGAACCCAAAUGUGGACACUAGUUUUCUACCUGAUGCCAACCGAGAUGAGGAAGAGUUGCGACUGAGGGAGAGACUGAUGAGUGAGUGGAGUGAGAGACAGCAGAGGAUUAAGGACCAAGUGCUCAAGAUAGAGUUCUCCUAUUGGGACGGGUCCGGACACAAGAGGGAAAUGCUGGUGAAAAAAGGAGUGAAUAUUCAUCAAUUCCUCUACAAGUGUCUCGAAAUGUUGAGAGGCGAAGGACAGUUCCCCGAACUCAGGUCUAUCAGUGUGGACCAGCUCAUGUUUGUCAAGGAUGACAUGAUACUUCCCCAUCAUUCGAGCUUCUACGACCUGAUAAUGAUGAAGGCGCGGGGUAAAAAUGGGAGCCUCAUCUUCAAUUUUCCAGCUGACAGCUCUCCUAUCAAAUCUUCAGAAAGCGAAGCAGAUUUAGCGCAGACGCAGCAGUCUUCAGCGCCAACAAGCGUGGCUUCUUCAAAAAAUGUUGGAGAAAAAGUUGAUAAUGCGAAGGUGGCUCUUCGGCAUUGGUACGACAAACACAAGCACAUCUACCCAGCCAGCAGAUGGGACGCAUUCGAUGCAGAGAAGAUGCUCACUUCGCCAAACAGCACCAGUGGCACCUCCUCAUCAUCCCAACAGACAAGUGCUGCGUCUACUUCAGCAGAUAUGAAACCAUGAUUAUGUGAAAAAAUCCUAAACAAGUUCGAGUUAUCUUUUUAAAUUGUUGAUGUAACGUGUUUGUUAUCUAAUUGCUAGCCAACGUUAAUAUAUUGGUAAUAUUGAAUAUUGUGUUGAUCA